AUGGGAAGGCCAGGUAUAAGGGAGAUAACUGACUGGACGCGUUUGAUCCAUGGAACUGGUCUUCGCAAUGGCAUACUUCACUAUGCUCGAAUGAUGUCCUUAUCGGUUGCUGUUGGCGUUUCCUUCCUACUUUCCGCAGUUGACAAAGCAUGUCAUUUGAUGAAAGGGCACUCGGAACAUCGAUCAAACGCCUGGCGACCGGAAGAAGUCUACAGAACGUGUGUACAAGCUUUGGAGGGCCGAUGUUCGCGUCGAAGCAAACUCAUUCACGAGCAAAAGCUCGCUGUGAAGGAGUUCAUAGCAAAGGUCGAAAUUAUUCUGCUGAAUGAGUUGGGUAGAAGCCUUGAAGCGGCAAACGAGCCCGACCGACGAUUGAUUUCACGGUUAAAUAGGGUAUGUGUUGGAAUUAUUGAUUGCGCCCUAAUCAAUAAUUUGGUUUUCCUUCUCAGGCUCUCACAUCAUACGAUUCCAAUGAUAUUGGAGUCUAUCAUGUGCCGUCGCCAUCUCGACCCGCAUGGAAGACUUGGAAUCUGGACCAAGAAGACCCAGUCAGGUCAGCGUUAG